AUGGCGAAGCAGCGGCCAGUGAGGUUGGGCGCGGGUUGUUUGCUGCUGCAGCUGCAGCAGCUGCUGCAGCAGCAAGCAGCAGAGCUACAGUCAACCCCACCAUCGCUGCUGCAGCAGCACGUGCAGCAGUGUCUUGCUGCGCUGCAGCAGGGGCGGGACCCGCAGCAGCGACAGCUCGCGCUGCUGCUGCUGGAGAGCUUUCAAGCGGACCCAACGGUGAGAGCUGCUUACCUUCAGUCGCUAACAGAUGAAUCCCCUGCGGUGCGUCGAGUUGCUGCGAGGCGGCUGCUGCUGCUGCAGCAGAAACCUCUGCAGCAGCAGCAGCAGCAGCAGCAGCAGCAGCAACAGCAGCAACAGCAGAAGCAAGAGACGCAGGUGCUGCAGCAGACCGAUGUACCGCAGAAGGAGGAGAAGGGCCAGGAGCAGCAGCAACAGCAACAGCAACAGCAGCAGCAGCAGCAGCAGCAGCAGCAGCAGCAGCAGCAGACGGAGACAGAAGAAGCCCCCCUUGAGCUGCAGGCGAGGGCAUUCGAUGCUGCUGCGGAGGUUCGAGCGGCCCUCUACAGCAAGCUCUCCACGGCUGAGGGGUCGCUGACCCCACAGAAGCGCGCGGAGCUGCUGCUGGUUGGGUUGAAUGACAGAGCGGCUUCGGUGCGGGGGAGCUGCCUCAAGAUGCUGCGCGCCUGGGUGCAGCAGCGGGACCUGCUGCUGCAGCUGCAGCAGCAGCAGCAGCAGCAACAGCAGCAGCAAGAACAGCAGCAGCAGCAGAAGCGGGAGGGACAGGAGCAGCAGCAGGAGGGUCAGCAGCAACCGGAGGAGGAGAUGCUGCAGGAUGCUUUAGAGGACAAGCAUCAGCAUCAGCAGCAGCAGCAGCAGCAGCAGAAAGAGCAGCAGCAGCAGCAGCAAGAGCAGCAAGAGCGGCAGCAGUUUGCUGCUGCAUGCGGCGGCCUCGUUGCUUUUAUAGAAGAUCUGGGGGAGUGUCUGCCAGCAGCAGAAGGAGCUGUUGAGCUCGCAGUCAAAGAAAUACUUAUGGCGUUUCCUAACGAUAGUAAUGCUGCUGCUGCUGCUGCUGCUGCUGCUGCUGUUGGUGGUGGUGGUGGUGGUUCUGUUGGUGCUGCUGCUGUUGCUGCUGCUGCUGUUGCUGCUGCUGGUGGUGGUGGUGGUGGUGGUGGUUCUGUUGGUGCUGCUGCUGCUGCUGCUGCUGCUGCUUCUGUUGCUGCUGCUGCUGCUGUUGGUGGUGGUGGUUCUGUUGGCGCAGCAGCAGGGAUUCGGCGGUUGCUGGAGCGGCGCGGGGCGAAGUGUCUGAGCGAGUUGACCCCAGGGGCAGUCUUCUUGCUUCGGGUGUAUGCGGAGCACAUGGCGACGCCAGCAGAGCGUAGCAACAUCGACAUUUCACAGUUGCAUGAGCUGUUGAUGCGGCUGCUGAAGGCGGCGCAGCAGGUGGAGCAGCAGCAGCUGCUGCUGCUGCAGCAGAUGGCAUCUGCUGCUGCUCCUGACGCAGCAUGCGAGGCUUCACUGCUCGAAGCCCAGAGGGAGGCGGAAAGCCACCAACUGACACUGCUGGGUUGUGUGCGGCAGCUGCUGCUGCUGGCUUGCUGCUGCGGCAUUUCGUCUCCAGACACAGACCGUCUCCUUGAGGAGGCAUGCGAGCUAACACUAGCCACUGCUCCCCUCGUUGACGUGCGUCGGUUGCUGCUGGGUAACUUGAGCCCCGCGGAGCAGAGCAUUUUCCCUUGGCCCAACCGUGGCAGCAGCAGCAGCAGCAGCAGCAGCAACAGCAACAGCAGCAGCAGCAGCAGCACAACCACUGUUCAGGGAGGCUAUUCUUUGUGGCCCGCAUACUGGUUAAGUAAUACUGCUGCUGCUGCUGCAGUGCAGCUGCUGCUGCAGCUGCAGCACCGGCAGCAUCAGCAGCAGAUCGAGGCUGAGUGUGGCCUCACAGCAAAAAUAUGUUCGUGUCUAGCGGAGCUGCAUGAGCCCCUUGAAACGGGGUCAGAUGAAGCCGUGCUGCAGGAGUUGUGUAGCGGGUCUGAGGGUGACCCCUUUGGCUUCAAUCCUCGGCUGUGCAGCACGCAGCUGCUGCAGCAGCAGCAGCUGCUGCUGCAGCACCGUCUCGUGGCGCUGCAGCAGAAAGCAGUAGAACUGGCGGAGCUUCUGCAGCAGCAGCAGCAGCAGCAGCAGCACACACGCAAAAAACAAAAGCAGCAAGGAGACAGCCAGGUGCUGCGGGCGCUGCAGCAGCAAAUCAACAACAGCCAACAGACAUACGGCCGUCUGGCUCCUGUAUAUCUCAUCAUCACCAACGAGCUGCAUCAGCGAAUGUCUUGGAUUCACCAGCAGCAGCAGCAGCAACAGCAGCAGCAGCAGCAGCAGCAGCAAGGAAUGCUGGCAAAGAAGCAACAAAACAUGGAGGGAUUGUCUCUAUAG